AUGCUGGCGCCCGCGCCACAGAAGGCCAGCUCGCUGGAGUCUCGACCGCCUGUGUCAAAGAAGCUCGCAUCGAGAGCCCUGAUCGCUCUCGGCGUGCUGCUGCUCGUCGCAGCCGUCUCACACCUCCACGAGCUCGCCAUCACUCUGGCGCACCCGCUCGAGCAGUCGGCCGCACGCCGGCCGGCGAACCAGCGCGACCGACGUGGGCAGCGGGCCGCCGCCGCCGCCACUGCCAGCGCCGCCGAAUCCACCGCCGCCUCGCAGACUCCUGGCUCGGACGCUGCCUUGGGUGCGAGGCAGUCGGCCGCUUCGCCAGGCUCAGCGGCGGCCGCCCAAGCUCCAGCGUCAAACUCCUCCGCAGCCACAGGGAGGAGUCAGCCCGCGGCGGCCGCCGCCGCCGCGUCGCCGCCGCCUCCGGCUUGCGGCGCCGAGCGGCGGCCGUACCACGUGCUGCUGACCGCCGCGUCGGGCACGUACCAGGAGUGGCAGACGCGGAUCGCAUACCACUACUACCGCCAGCUCAAGGCGGCGCAGCCGUGCAGCGACCUCGGCGGCGUCGCGCGGCCACGGCCGCUGCCAGGCGGAGCCUUCCCGGAAGCGUCUCGGAACCUUCCUGCAGGCGGCUUCACGCGGCUGCUGUCCACGCCGGACGGGCGGCCGGACGGGCUGAUGGGCGAGAUCCCGACGGUGCUGACCAAGCAGCUGGGCGCGGGGCGGUGCGACGAGUGCUCGCACGGCUUUGUGGUGAUGAACCGGCCGUGGUCGCUCCGGCAGUACUUCGCCUCCAAGGAGGCGGCCUCCCUCGCCGAGGACUACCUCUUCGUGAUCGAGACAGACCACCUGCUGCUGCGGCCGCCCCGCAACCGCGCGACCGAGGCGUCGCCGGUGGCGUUCGGCUUCUACUACAUGACGUACAAGUACGACGCGCGCAAGCUCGGGCCGGUGAUCCGGCGGUGGCACGACCCGGACGACGUCGACCCCGUCGGCCCGUCCCCGCUGAUUGUGCACAAGGCGCAGCUGCGAGGCCUGAUCGAACCGUGGUGGAGGCGAGCGGUAGCCGAGAGGCUCUGCCUCGAGCUCAAGCGGGACCGCGAGGCGGACCAGGCGCUCGGGUGGGUGCUCGAGAUGUGGGCGUACACCCUCGCCGCGGCGCGCACGGGCGUGCACAAGACCUUCCAGGCGGAGCCGGGCGGCGCGGGCAUCUACAACCUGGACGACCACGACAUCUACCACUACACCUUUGACCUCGACCAGAGGGCGCGCCGCCUCCCUGGCCCGAGGGGGCGGCCCCCAGCCCGCGCCCAGGACUUCAGCUGGUCCAAGCGCCACUUCAUGAGCCGCUACCCGCCACGACUGCCGGAGCCGCCACGGAGCGCAAAGCCGUCGACGCUGACCUUCAUCAAGAUGAUGAACGGCGCGAUCGACGCCUUUGGGGACCGGUGGGGGGUCGCCCGGGGAUGA